AUGAACCAGAAUCCCUUCCAGGAGUACAUGCGCCAGCUGCAGCGGAUUCAGCAGCGCGCUGGCGGCGGCGGCGGCAUGCCUCCAAGGGGAACCAUCGGUCUCGGCGCCGCAGCGGUCCUUGGUGCAACCGGAAUCUGGGUCGUCUCCAACUCCCUCUUCAACGUCGACGGUGGUCACAGAGCUAUUAAAUACCGGAGGAUAAGUGGUGUGAGCAAGGAGAUCUUUGGCGAAGGAACCCAUUUCGCCAUUCCCUGGUUCGAGACCCCGAUCGUGUACGACGUCCGCGCAAAGCCGAGAAACGUCUCGUCUCUCACAGGAACCAAGGAUCUUCAGAUGGUCAACAUCACCUGCCGUGUUCUCUCCAGGCCCGAGGUCAAGGCUCUGCCACAAAUCUACAGAACACUCGGCUCAGACUAUGAUGAGCGCGUGCUGCCCUCCAUCGUGAACGAGGUCCUCAAGAGCGUCGUGGCGCAGUUCAACGCCAGCCAGCUCAUCACCCAGCGUGAGAUGGUUGCCAGGCUGGUUCGAGAGAACCUGUCCAGGCGAGCAGCGCGCUUCAACAUUGUCCUGGACGACGUUUCACUGACGCAUCUUGCCUUCUCUCCCGAGUUCACGGCAGCUGUCGAAGCCAAGCAGGUCGCCCAGCAGGAGGCCCAGAGGGCAGCCUUCGUCGUCGACAAGGCCCGCCAGGAGAAACAGGCCAUGGUCGUCAAGGCGCAGGGUGAGGCCCGAUCGGCAGAGCUGAUUGGUGAGGCCAUUAAGAAGAGCAAGUCCUACGUCGAGCUGAAGAAGUUGGAGAACGCAAGAGCCAUCGCUCAAACUCUACAGGAGGCUGGCGGCCGCAACAGGUUGCUCCUUGAUGCCGAAGGUCUCGGCCUGAACGUGUUUGAGAAGAAUGACAGGAAGGAUUGA